AUGGUCAUUGAUGUUCUUUACCCCAGAAAGGCAACGACACCUAAGACAGAAAUUCGGGAAAAACUAACCAAAAUGUACAAGACCACACCAGAUGUCGUCUUUGUGUUUGGAUUCAGAACCCAUUUUGGAGGUGAUAAGUCAACUGGUUUUGGCAGGACUUAUGAUUCCUUGGAUUAUAGAAAGAAAAACGAACCCAAACACAGACUUGCAAGACAUGGCCUGUAUGAGAAGAAAAAGACAUCGAGAAAACAGUGA